AUGAUUUCCAGUCAAGAAGCCCGGAUCGCUGAGAGAAAAGCGCGGGCCGCUAAACGCCGGGAACAGGUAGAACGGAAAAGAAAGGAACGCGAAGAACAGUUGCGAAGAGAGAAGGAAAUGGCCGAACGCCAAGAGAAACUUCGACAGGAACUUGAAGAACAACGACGCUUACUCGAAGAAGAACGACGGGCGGGAGCCCGCAAAGGGCAAGUUAUCUAUCAAGGAGUAGAAAGAGAAAAAAAGAAUGAAAGUUUCAGGAAUUCUUUUCCUAUCUAUCUAUCUAUCUAUCUAUCUAUCUAUCUAUCUAUAGGGCCUCGAUCUAAGUGUCAAUCUGCCUUUCUUUCUCCAACCUCUCCAUCUCACAUCUUAUCUUUUUCAUAUCUAUCUAUCUAUCUAUCUAUCUAUCUAUCUAUCUAUCUAUCUAUCUAUCUAUCUAUCUCAGUUUAUUCAUUAUCUAUCUAUCUAUCUAUCUAUCUAUCUAUCUAUCUAACAGUCUCUUCCUACUUAUCUCUCUAUCUGUUCGUAUCACUCUCUUUCAGGAUCUAUCUAUCUAUCUAUCUAUCUAUCUAUCUAUCUAUCUAUCUAUCUAUCUAUCUAUCUAUCUAUCUUAGGCAUAUCGUCUGCCGUGACACAGUUAAACGGAGGAGGUCCGUAACGGGCGUGCUGGACACCGUGCCGUGCCAAAAGUUGACAGUCACCAAAAACUUGAGAAUCUAUCUAUCUAUCUAUCUAUCUAUCUAUGUGUAUAUGCCUGUGUUUCAAAUUUUAAGUAUCACGAGGACGUAG